AUGCUGUCGAAAGUCCAACCCUGCUUCCAGCUUCUGAGGAUCGGCUCCUCCUCCUCCUCCCCGUCCGGCGCCGGGUCCGACUCGGCGCAGGACCUCUACACGUUCAGGCCGGCGCUGACCCACUCCGUGUUCCGGCUGGGGCGGGCGGCGGAGCAGUGCGACGUCACCCUGCAGUCGGCCUCCAUCUCCCGGGUCCACGCGGAGCUGCACGCGGAGAGGGAGGAGGCGGGCGUGGCCGAGGAAGGCUGGAAGGUGCACAUCAAGGACCGCAGCAGCUACGGCACGUGGGUGAAUGAAAUCCGCCUUCAGCCUGGCGUCCUAUGGGAGCUCUCGGACGGGGACACGCUCACCUUUGGCGGCCAAUCAGAUUCGGGCAGCCCGGAGUUCUACUUCCUCUUCCAAAAAGUUCUGGUUCGACCCUCGGACUUUGAUGCCAUUACUGUUCCAAAGGCCGGCUCCUUCUCCUCUGACCUUCAGAACCGGAUUAGAACGAGUCUGGACCCCAAGACGGAGCCAAAUUUGGAUCUCUCUCCGCUGUCCAUAAAUAAAGCAACUGUCAUUUUGAACUCCAUCGGAAGUUUGAGUAAAAUGAAUGGGAGCUGCUGGACUUUCAGGAGGACUGAUAAAAACAAUACACACUCACAUGCUGCUUCUUCUCCUCCUUUUCGAUCCUUAAUCGCGCCCUCUACUCCGCCUUCCUUUCCAUCCACCGCCCCUGUCUCCACCUCGAUGUCUGUGCCUCCCUCUUCCAAAAGCCGGCGAAAAUCCGCUCACACUGUCCUGCUGGAGGACGACAGCUCCGAUGAAACCAGGCAGAACGGGCAGAUGGAGGACAGACGGAGAAAGAGGGGGAGGAAGAGGAGAAGGCUUUGCAAGUCUGAAUCUGAGGUUUUCCACUCACCAGCACCCAAAGUGGAACAGCCCGCGAGCAGGCCGUUUGAGCUCAAGCCAGACCUAAAUCGAAACGGACACUGCCCUGCUUUGCAGGGGACUGCAAAGACAGGCCAUUUGUUUCCCGUUUCGGGGCAAAGGCAGGGGUUCAGCUGGAACCUCAAGGUGGGCUCAGAUGUAAAAGCCCCUCCUUACCAACGAAAAGCGCUUCCCUUGUCCUGCCGAGGGAGAAGAAGGGCUAAUAGUUCUCCUGUAUACUCCUCCUUGGUGGUGGGAGGAGAGAACUACACCCUGGUCUCCCCAUCCCUGAGGCUGUGCGAUGGAGAGAGAGUGCAGUUCACUCGAAUACAUGUCAGCAGUGGUAAACGCCGUGGCAGACCGAGGAAGCACCCGCUCCCUCAGCCGCCCCCGCGCUCUCCUUCCUCGUCCUCCUCCUCCUCGUCCUCCUCCUCAUCCUCGUCGUCCUCCUCCUCCUCCUCCUCCUCCUCGUCGGAGGACGAGCGGGUGAGGGGGGAGGAGCCGUGCGCGGCAGCGCGCUGCCGCCUGCCCCAGCAGGACACGGUGCAGUGGAUCCAGUGUGACGACUGUGACGCCUGGUACCACAUGGACUGCGUCCGGCGCGGCCACGGGGCCUCCACGCUGGACCCCAGUGCGGACUUCCACUGCGGCUGCCGAUGA